UAUAAAGACACAAGCUCUAGCUGCACCAUCUCUAAAGCUCUUCCAAUCCAUGGCUCAAUCCCGCCCUUCGUGUGUUGAAACAGAGACACUCAGCCAUGUCUUAAGUCUUGUGGAAGCAUUCAGAGCUUUUGACGCGGACAAUGAUGGGUCAAUAACGGCUAUUGAGCUCGGUGGCAUCAUGGGAUCACUUGGGUACAAUCCGAGUGAACAAGAGAUAAGCGAAAUGAUGCUGGAGGGAGACACUAACAAGGAUGGGUUGCUAAGCAUAGAGGAGUUUUUGGAGCUGAACACGAAGAAUUUGGAACUUGACUCUUGGGGAAAUCUCCUUCAAAGGUCUUUCCAAGCUUUCGAUGAUGAUCGGAACGAGGCCUUGACAGGAGAGGAGCUAUUCGGGGUGAUGUCGAAUCUGCAGCUCGUAGGGACGUUGUCUCUGGAGGAUUGCCAAGCUAUUGUUGCUUCCAUGGAUGUAGAUGGAGAUGGAGCUGUUAGCUUUGAGGAUUUCAAACUUAUAGUCAAUUCGCUCCUCUAGAUUCUCAUGUUCUUUCUGCUUAAGAUAAAACGUGCUAACUCGAAAGGGUUAAUGGCGCCUGAGUCAUGAAUAAAAAAAUAAAUGGGGAUUUUAUGUUAUCCAUCAA